UUUCAUGUAGCGGGAAUUUUGUUGUUGACAACGCUCCUAAACGCUAGCUAGCUAGAAUAUAUAAAAUAACGUUUAUGAUGACCAACAGCAACACUAAUAUCAGUUUGAUGAUCAUGUACAAGGAUGAGUCGGUGGAUGUCCGUUACGUAGAUGAUUCCCGUUUGCACUUGUCGCCCUGUGGCUCGGAGUUCAUGUUGGAGAAAGCCCCUGCACGAUCUGCACAUCCUCUUCAGUCUAGUGAGAAGGUUCGACAGAGGACCAGGUUCGCCACCAGCAGCUACAAGGACCUGAUGCUUGGUGCUUUGGAGUUCAGGAACGAGUAUGCAACACGCCCAUACCUGCCCGAAGAACUCAUCCCGGACGACCACAGAAAGCAGGUCUUCAGCAUUGACCCUGAGGUGGAGUGGCCUGCAUGUUAUUCCUGUACUGCUGAGGUGGGCUUGAACCGAGAGAUCGUCGUCAGUUCAGUGGAGCGGAGUGCCAGUCUGCUGCUUUCUUCCUCUGGAGAGGAGUUCUCUGUAAACUUCACCUGCAGGCUUAGUCACAACCAACACCACAGGCCUCGGAGCCGAGACCCAAAUAGGUCUGUCACUGAACACACACAGCAAGACAACCAAACCUGUAGGCCAAAGGCUCCAUCUCAACAGAGUAGCACCUGUGCUGAGCAACAGCAAGGAGCGGUAUACCUGUCCACCAGAGUGGUCCAGCACCACUCUGUCUCCUGUGUUCCUCUGGUGUGGCGCUACCCUCUGUCUCUGGCCCUUCACCUCUGGCACGCCCAGUCCCAGCCGCCCUCUGGAGAGAGGAACAGGGGGGAGACAGAAGAAGAGACAGCCAGGGGGAGAGAUCAGACUGAGAGAGCAGUGACAAUGACAAACACAUCAAUAGGAGAGAGGAGGUCUCACUUGCCCCAAGCCCUGCCUCUCGGAUGCCCUUCCCCUCAUCAGCACAGGUGGAAGUCCAGGUACUCUCUGGUCCAAGAUGAACAGGAGGCAGACCAAGACCUCCCUACAGAGUUGGUUAAAGUGGUGUGGUGCCAAGGGGUGCUGUACAGGAUAGUGGAUGGAGCCAUCCCAGUUGUAGAGGUUUCUCCAGGGGAUGGUUCAGUCAUCAGGUCUAACGGAGUGCUGGCCAGCUACUUCACUCACCACAGAGCUGGCCCUGGCCCUGGGGAGGUAAAGGAUGUGACGUACCACCUGAGCAGCCUCCCCCCUGACACACCUGGGCAGGUCUACUCUGUGUGCUCUAUGGUGACUCGAGCCAGCAGGAUCCUGAAGUACUACAACCAGGCCAGACACUCUCUAAAGCUCCCUGCUACACAGAGCUGCUUGAACCAGGCCAGACACUCUCUAAAGCUCCCUGCUACACAGAGCUGCUUGAACCAGGCCAGACACUCUCUAAAGCUCCCUUCUACACAGAGCUGCUUGAACCAGGCCAGACACUCUCUAAAGCUCCCUGCUACACAGAGCUGCUUGAACCAGGCCAGACACUCUCUAAAGCUCCCUGCUACACAGAGCUGCUUGAACCAGGCCAGACACUCUCUAAAGCUCCCUGCUACACAGAGCUGCUUGGACCAGGCCAGACACUCUCUAAAGCUCCCUGCUACACAGAGCUGCUUGGACCAGGAGACCAGUUCAGAGCCCUUUGUAGAGGAAGUACACAUUUCUGAGUCUGGUUACAUGAAUAUCACUGAAACAAGACAAAGCAGGCCUAACUGUGUUGCUGAAGAGCUGGAGAAGAUCAAACGCUUCAACUUUCUGUUGGAGAACAGUCAUCUUCUUAAAGCCCAGAGGGGUUCUACAGUGGUGGGCUGUGGUUCUAAAGAGCACGUGGCCCACUGUGAGCCGGUCAGCGAGAGCAUCGCGGAGGCCCUCCAGAGAACCUCCAAAACCAUCCAGGAUAUCGACAACCUCCUCUCAGCCACAGUACUUUCUAGAGACACCGUCAUGCAGGGCAGCGGAUAAU